ACUUGGUUGUAACAAGUAUCAUUUGAACAUAAUCUGGUUGAAACUACCCACAUUUGAGAGGACAAAUGUAACAGACUUUCAGGGGGGAAAGUGCACCUCAAUGAGGCGUGUCUGUACUACAGAAGCACUUCAAUGGAAACAAAGCAUAAAACAAAACCACGUUUCUGCCUGGUGUGAUCUGACUAAAGAGCAGUAAUCAUUCACGACUGUGUGGAAUCCAGUGAUGUCAUUUCUUUCUAACAUCAUUAAACAAGGCUAAGGAGAUGGCAAAGUGACCAUAACAGGUAAUAAAGAAAGACGCAGUAUUUCAAUUCAAUAUCAGACAAAAUGGCGCCGUUACAUUAAACUGAUUGAUAGGGUGAAGAAAUGUGACUGUACGCAGUAACCUACAUUAUUACGAGCCUUUUCAUGAGUCUGCUUUUUGAACUGUUUGUCCAUGUAGAGAAUACGGUCCAGAACUGUCGAGGCACACAGGAUUCCUCCGUGCCGAGCCAUCUCGUAACAGAACACGUCCUGGCCUGGGGUUCAGAACAAGAAAAAGGGUUUGCUGAAAUGAAAACUACUGAUGGGUAAAUAAAGAAUCAUGAACACUUACCACGCUGCACGUUGGUCUCCUUCUAACAACGGAUGUUAGAGAAGAUCCCACCACAAACGGACCAAGCAGUGUGGUUAGGAGGACUGGACAUUGGAGAACGUCCUUGACGGAAAAGGAUCCUGGAUGUGGGAGGAGAUCCUGGCCGGAAGGGAUCGCCUCCCAUGGGAACAGGUGGAAGCAGCGAGGGAGUCCGGCAAUGAAGCAAGAACGAGAUGCAGCCCCAAAAAAAUGUUUGGUGAGGGGCACACAGGGAGAUUGGAGGAGUCAGGUUGUAGACCUGAGCCAACUCCCCGUGCUUACCGUGGGGAGAGAAUGACUGGUCAAGCACAGUGUUAUCCGGUUCUGAGCACCAUGCCUUUCGGUGCUCAGCCACAGCCCGGUGCGCUUUGUGCAAACUCCCCGCAGUGGCCGUGCUAAAGUGGGCAUUCAGCCAGGACGGAUUGUGCCGGCUCAGCGUUCCUGGCCUCCGGUGCAUCUCUUCGGCCCAGGUUAUCCUGCACCAGCUCUACGCAAGGAGUCCCCGGUUCGCCAGCAAAGCCCAGUGCUGCCUGUUCCAGCUCCCCGCACAUGCCGGGCUAAGGGGGGUAUCCAGCCAGGAUGAGUUAUGCCAGCUCUGCGCUCCAGACCUCCGGUGCGCCUCCCCGGUCCAGUGUGUCCUGCGCCGGCUCUAUGCACUAUGCCCCCAGUGCACCGUCAUAGCCCAGUGCGUCCUGUGCCAGCUCUCCACACUCACCGAGCUAGAGUGGGUAUCCAGCCAGGAUGUGUUGUGGCAGCUCCACUCACUAGGCUGCCAGUAUGUCUCCUCAGUCCGGUGAGAUCUGUUCCGGCUCCACGUUCAAAGCCCCCAGUGAUGAUCCAUGGUCCGAAGCCUCCAGUGAUGAUCCAUGGCCUGAAGACUCCAGUGAUGAUCCACGUCACGAAGCCUCCAGUGAUGAUCCACGGCACGGAGCCUCCAGUGAUUAUCCACGGCCCGGAGCCUCCAGCGACGAUCCACGGCCCGGAGCCUGCAGCGACGAUCCACGGCCCGGAGCCUGCAGCGACGAUCCACGGCCCGGAGCCUGCAGCGUCGAUCCACGGCCCGGAGCCUGCAGCGACGAUCCACGGCCCGGAGCCUGCAGCGACGAUCCACGGCCCAGAGCCUGCAGCGACGAUCCACGGCCCGGAGCCUGAUCCACUGCUCGGAGCCUGCAGCGAAGGUCCCCGGUCCGGGUGGUCUGGUUUCUCCGGCGAUGAUCUGCGGCCCGGUUCCUCCAGUGAAGGUCCAUGCACCAGGGCCACCACCAAAGCAAAGGGAACUGCGGGCGGAGGGGGGUCUACGUCCCGCACCAGAGCCACCGCCGUGAAGCAAUGCCCACCUUCACUCUGA